GAGUCGAGGCCACCGUCAGCAUCCGCAGACGGUUCAGCACAGGCACCCCCAGCUACAUCCGCACCCGUUGCGAAUUCGCCAUCGCCGUCAGAAACCGACUUUAGGAAAAAUUCAACUCCAGCAGUUGCACCAGCUAUACCUUCGCCAGCAAAAGCAGCCUCGGAACAGAGUAUCCUGCCAAAGCGGUAA